GGAGAUAACUUAUGACUUAAUGGCUGUGGACGUCUUCUAUCAUCUAACACUACUGGAAAAAGAAGUAAAAGAGGAACUAAUUAAUGUAACAUUUGCAACUUGGGACAGCAUGUGGACUUGACAUUUCACAAAGUGGAAAUCGCCUGGUCCUGGUUUAGUACAUAGUACUGAAUGGGUGGUUUAUGAUGGGAAUAACGAGGACUUUCUUCAGUAAAGUGAAUCUUGAUAAAUCUAGAACUCAGCGUAGCACAAUCUAAAGAAGACAUUGUACAUCUCCCUUGCAUCUCUUGUACAAAUUAUACUACAAUGGCGAGCCGACACAAGCAAAGCUAAGUUUACAAACUGGUAAACCCACCGCAUCCUACCAUGUUGGCAGCCCUGAUGAGGUGUUUGAACCAUGUGGUCCACUGAAAACAUGGAGCCAGAGAACAGACACACCCAGAACAGCUUCUUCAGCAAGGUGGAUGUGCCUGACUAUGUUCACUACAUCAUCGCCUUCUUCGUCUUUGUCAUUGGAACACUGGGCAUCACUGGCAACGCGCUGGUUAUGUUCGCCUUCUAUAGUAACAAGAAGCUUCGUAACCUGCCUAACUACUUUAUUAUGAACCUGGCGGUCGCUGACUUCCUAAUGGCUUUCACACAGACCCCCGUCUUCUUCAUCAAUUCUCUCUACAAGGAAUGGGUGUUUGGAGAGAUUGGCUGUAAGAUGUAUGCAUUCUGUGGCGCCUUGUUCGGCAUCACCUCCAUGAUAAACCUUCUGGCCAUCUCCAUCGACCGCUACCUUGUCAUCACCAAGCCUCUGCAGGCCAUACACUGGGGCUCCAAACGAAGAACCACCCUGGCCAUCAUUAUGGUCUGGCUUUACUCUUUCGCUUGGAGUCUGGCUCCUCUUGUUGGCUGGAGCUCAUUCAUCCCAGAGGGCCUGAUGACAUUUUGUACAUGGGAUUAUGUCACAUACACAUUGGCCAAUAGGAGCUACACGAUGAUGCUGUGCUGUUUUGUUUUCUUCAUUCCACUGGGAAUCAUCUUUUACUGCUAUCUCUUCAUGUUUCUGGCUAUACGGAAGACUGGCAGGGAGGUAGAGCGUCUGGGGACUCAGGUGAGGAAAUCCACCCUGAUCCAGCAUAAGUCCAUGAAGAGUGAGUGGAAGAUGGCAAAGAUCUCAUUUGUCGUCAUUGUGGUUUAUGUCCUCUCUUGGUCACCAUACGCCUGUGUCGCAAUGAUUUCUUGGGCCGGUCAUGCCAACAUCCUGUCGCCGUACUCCAAGGCUGUCCCUGCAAUCAUUGCAAAAGCCUCGGCCAUCUACAAUCCUAUCAUCUAUGCUAUCAUACACAACAAAUACAGGACAACUCUGGCAGAGAAGUUUCCCUGCCUGUGGUUUUUGUCUCCCACUCCUCGAAAGGAAUGCAUCUCCUCUAUCAGCGAGUCCUCUUUCAGGGACUCCGUCAUUAGCAGACAAUCCACAGCAUCAAGAUCUCACUUUAUUACAGCUUCACCUGACAUGGUAUUAAAGGAUGUAGAAAUGGAGCUUUUGGGAAGAAAACCAGGCAAAUUCUCCAGAAGAAUCCCAUCCAACAGACAGUCUUCCAGAGGCAGGUCCUGUAAGGAACAAUUAGAGCGGAAGACCUCCAAGACACAAGCAGCAGAGAGGCACCUAUCUACCAUCAGUAAAUCACUGAGAAACUGUGACCAUGAACUGGUUUCCAGCUCUCUCACCAUCGCCUCUCUCCCCUUACUGGUUCUGACCAGGAGGCACAGCCAGAGUCUGACCAAUGAGAUGUCAGAUGCACAGGAGAAGAAGGACAGCAUCCUGGAUUAUAACAAGAGCGACCCGCUUGAUUCCCUUAAGUUUGGAAAAUUCCCGUCCACUGAUCCCAAGUCGCCUCAGGCUGUCCCACGCAUAAUCAUCAUCAGUCCUACAUCUGAAAGCAGCCUCAUCAGCCAUGACAGUGUCUGCUUAGAAGACAGUAUUGAGGAAAUGGAGAACAACGUUUUUGUCAGCCUGAACUUCUCAACGGAAGUCUUUGAGGCAGUGGAGCUGAUCUCUUGACCAGCUGUGCUUGGCUGGACAAUAAUGACCCUUGUACUCUUUUUCAAUGAUAUUAUUUAUUAUAACCACAGACCACAUCAUAUUCAUCUCUACUGGCCCAAGCUUGUUUUGGCUGUGGACAAAAGAAAUGAAAAAUGUUUUUGUUUGUUGACGCAUUCUGUAAAGUUACACCACUUUGUUGCUUAGAUAACUGGAGUGCAGAAGAAACAAUAUGACUUGGCUCUGGUAUGCAGCGUGCAGUGUUUGCCAGACUUGGCAGGGACAAGUGCACCCCGAGGGCAUGAGUUACAUAUUUUUGUUAGAUCCCUCACAAGUGCAACAUAUAACAUAUUUCCAUAAGUUUGGAGCCCAAGCUUAACAUUGCUCAUCCUUAGUUUAACUAUUCAAGCUAAGAUCCAUGAAACUGUGAUGAAUUUUUGAGCUGUUUAAAUCUUAG